GUGAUGCUUUUUUUAUGACGUGCACGUAAACUUGCGAAGCUUACGAUUUCGUGGAAGUGGUACGGCUCGGCAUUUAAACCAUCGAUGACGUCAGGCGUAGCGCCCGUCCAUCUAGUGAAUUUAUAUUUACGACAAAUAGAUGAUGUUAUGAGCAGUUGUCAGUUCCAGCAACUGAAAUACUUAAAUAAAAGGUGUAACAUGACUAUCAGUUGCUCCUGGUGUGGCACUAAGUACAGUGAAGGUACUCGUCGAGGAGUGUGUGCGAUGUAGAUGUAAUACCAUUUAGCAAACGUUGAUAUCUAAUCCUAUUGGUGGACCUAAUACAAAAGACGAUCGACCUAAGCGCGCGGUAUUUAAAUCAACAGUGUAUUUUCUAGUCAUUUUAAAACGUGAAUAUGUCGAAAAACGGAACAAAAAUCGUGGGUAAACCUGUUGCGAGGACGGACAGUGAAGUUGCCUGCGAAGAAGCUGCAAGAUUAACUGCGGAACAGGAAGGGGACGGACAAGAUGAAGAUGGGAUUUCCUAUUGUGAUUACCACGAUAUACCGCCGCCUCCUGAUGGAGGGUACGGUUGGGUUAUCUGUUUUGCUUCGUUCAUGUGUAACAUGAUCGUCGACGGAAUUGCGUACACGUUCGGUGUGUUUUUAGGACAGUUUGUAAAUUACUAUGAGGAACCGGCGGGUAGAGUGGCAUGGGUCGGUUCGUUGUUAUCGGGAAUGUAUUUAAGUGCGGGACCGUUAGUGAGUGCCCUUACAAACAAAUUUGGGUGUAGAACUGUUUGCAUACUUGGUAGCUUAAUAUCGACGUCCGCAUUUAUACUUUCAACGUUUAGUCCAACAGUAAACACUUUAAUGAUAACUUACGGUUUUAUGGGCGGCGUCGGUUUUGGAAUGAUUUAUCUUCCCGCCGUAGUUUGCGUAGGGUACUAUUUUGAAACAAAACGUUCCUUAGCUACUGGAAUUGCUGUGUGUGGGUCUGGAGUCGGCACAUUUGCAUUUGCACCGUUAGCAAACAUGUUAUUGGAUGCCUAUGGAUGGAGAGGCGCAAAUAUUAUUUUAGCCGGAUUAAUUUUAAAUUGCAUUGUUUUUGGAGCGUUAAUGAGGCCGUUGGAAUACCCAAAAUCCUCAAACGUAAAGCCUCUUUUACAGCGAAUGGCAGAAGAGCGCCGUUUUCAGAUGGAACGUGGUAGCAUUGGUGGUUCUUACUUCAUGGUACAAUUGCCAGAUGGUACCAUGGAAAAACGUAUGAAACAGCACGUAAACAUCGACCCAGGCGUCCACUCCAGUUUAAAUCUUGAUCAGUUGGCGCCCGGUACUCCAAUCACUCCAAUUCCAACCGUACCAACGUUACCAACGAUAGCCGAAGGUAAAAUACCCGAUGGAAACGAUUCUAGAAACGGUAGCGCUUUGGAGUUAAAAAGUAAUAUCGCUAAAAAUCCUCGCUUGGAUGAAAUAAGAGGUCAAGAGGGCGGUAGAAUACGUAGAUAUUCCGGAAAUGAAACUUCAGAUGCGCCUAACGAGAAGGCUUUGCCGCGAAAUGCCAGCCAACCCGCUUUUACUACCCACGUUCAGGGAAUCCCAAAAAAUGGUUCAGUGCCCUUCUUUGAUCGUAUCCGAAAAACAUCCUUAAGCGAACGCUACAAACCAAGUUUGAAUCCAAUUCGAUCCUCAUCUAGGGGCACCAUUAGUUCAAAUGGAAACCUAAGAAAAUCGUCUUCGUUUUUAGGUAGCAGAAAUAACAAUGCCGAUGAUCAAAUGGUACUCACAGAAGUGGAUACCGAAAGUAUGAAUUACACCAAUUCAAAAUUGUCAUUGCCCCGUGAGAAGCCUCUGAUGGUACGUCCUAUGUCGAGGAAAGAUAUCUUCUAUUCCGGAUCGGUUAUAAAUCUCCCCGAGUACCAGUCGCAAAAGUCGUUAACCAAUUACAGGCAGAGUGUGAUGAGUAUCCCGCGACCAAGCAGAAAUGAAAUGGGAGAUAUUGAAAAGGGAGAACCAUGUGAUAUGUGUCCAUGUUUGGUGUUACCGGAAAGUUUUAAGUCUGCGUUGGCACAAAUGAUGGACUUUAGUUUAUUAAAAGAUCCCGUAUUUAUGUUAAUUGCUAUCUCUAACUUAUUCGGAAUGGCUGGUCUUUAUGUACCAUUUGUCUAUUUGGUUGACUGUGCGAAGUCUGAUGGAAUUGAUCCAGGUCAGGCCUCGUUUUUAUUGUCAAUAAUAGGAAUUACAAACACUGUAGGACGUAUAGCUUGUGGAUAUUUUGCCGACUUUCCACAGGUAAAUGCGCUAGUUGUCAAUAACAUUUGCCUUGUUAUUGCAACAGUAGCAGUGGCGGCUACGCCAUUAUGCCAUACGUAUGGUGCUUACAUGACGACAGCAAUUUUCUUUGGAAUAGCAGUUUCUGGGUAUAUUUCUCUAACAUCCAUAAUACUUGUUGAUCUCUUAGGAUUAGAUAAGCUAACAAACGCCUUUGGUUUAUUAAUUCUGUUUCGCGGUGCUGCGACUAUUGUUGGUUCACCCAUGGCUGGUGCUCUUUAUGAUGCAACAAAGUCGUAUUCGAUUCCUUUUUAUGUAGCAGGAGGCUUAUUUGGAGUAUCCGCUUUAACUAGCUUUAUUGCACCGUACUUAAAGAAGCCGGCACCUCAAGAACCGCCUGCCAUGAUUGACGACGCUUUAACUCCGAUCGAUGAGGAUGAAGAGGAAGAAGAUGGUCCCAUUACGAUGGGAAGUAAUCGCAACGCCAUUCCUUCAAUAGUUGAAACCGCUUCGAGUCCGUCUACCGAAAAAGAAAUUAAACAGCUCGAGUCCGUUUUAUAAAAAAGUAAUAAAUUGAAGAUCGUUUUAUGAACUGAAUUUAUUACUUUCACUUAACUUAAUUUUACAUAAUAAUCUUAACUUUUAUGUAUAUUUUUUUAAUAUCUAUGCAUUUUUAGUGCGACUUAUUUAAUGAGUAAUUUAUCUUAUUUGUAUAGUAUUUUUUAAGAAUGAAGUGUUCAGUGAUAUGAUGUGACAGUAUUGUGAGCUAUGAUAGUCAAUUCAAGUGCGAAUUAGUAAUUAAUGUUUAAAAAUUUGUUGUUUUAAGUAGGAAAUAUGUAAAUAUACGAUUUGGACAAUUAUUACUAGAGCUACUCAUAUUAUUUUCAAAUAUUGCACAAGUUUCGUAAUUUUCAUGUUCGACAAAAUGUGUGCCUUCUUUUUUACUGUUGAACGGUGAUUACGAUACUUUUUUUAUAUUACCAGAGUAGCUAUUUUUCUUACGAUAGAUUAGGAUCAUGAGAAAAGAAGGCUCAUAUUUUCAACAUUUCAAAACAAGCUUAAAUUCUGUAAAUGUAUUAAAUAAAUUUUGCUCAGGACCUACAAA